CCUUUGUUGUCUGCCAUUAAAUAAACCGCGCCCCCUGUCCCCCUUCUUAAACUUUCCAACCCGAUAGCAGAGCGUAUUUUCUGCACCCAGCUCAUGGCAGGCCCAUCUUCCGCUUCCGCUCUUCCCCACAAAACUACAUUCGCUCCAAGACCGUUCCCGCCCCCAGCACUCGCUGGCGUCCCACUCGAGUACAUCAUCGACUCUCUUCACAAGCUUGCCCCUCGUUAUUGGAAUCAUCUCGAGACGUCCGACUGUUCUAUUAUAUUCCCUGUACAUCCUAUAUCGGCAGGCAAACUCACAGAAGACCCCAACAUCCGUCUCUAUGAGCCUUUUAAUGAGAUCGCGACCAACUCGUACGAUCCAGCCGGCCUCGGGAGGCGUGUGACGGCGCCGACGCUGAACAUGGAGCCUCCACGGGUGCUCAUGCGGUUACAUAUCGACUACCUCUCUGCCCAAUCUACACUUCUCCGAGGCCUCUUCAGUGGGGCCUCUCCCCUCGACCUCAUCAAUACCACUCGACCACUCGUCGCCCGUCCAAAUGGAAGUGGGCCACCCGAUCCGCGUUCGCGAACCCCCACGAAUCCCCUCCAAACCAUCCCACGUCCUCCUCGUCUCCUUCCUUCCCCACCCCACCACCCCAUGAUCUUCCUCCCCGUCCCCGACCCAACAUCGUUCCACUACCUCGUAACGUGGAUGUACUUCGGUCGUACGGACGAGAUUGAGAAGGCGCUUCACCAAAAGAAGAUAUUUUGGGCCGGAGUGGCGAGUAAUGUGGAGUAUUUGGGGAUGCCGAUGGCGAUUAAAGCGUUCUUGGGGACGUAUUAUCAGAGGUGGUUGCAGCCGGGGACGGCACGUCCGAUACCCCCGAUUGUGGACAGUAAGGUCGUGGAGGAGGAAGAGGAGGAGUCUGAAGAAGAGUCUGAAGACGACGAUGUGCUGAUGGAAGAAGACGAAGAAGAGGAAGAGGAGGAAGAGAUCCAACCGGCACGAGGUCGUUCUCGCGACCGUCAGUCUGCGAGUCCAACAGGCAGGGUUGUGGCACCGGUUUCCUCUUGA